AUGGCUACUUUCUUCUCUCUUUGCAUUGUUUUUCUCAUCUCCGGCAAUCUCUUCCUACAAACAAACGCCGCCGCGAUGGACGACAUCUGCCGCCAAACCAAAAACCCGUCGCUCUGCAUAGCAGCUAUGAAUACCGACCCGCGCAGCCGCACGGCGGCGCUCCCGCAGCUGGCACAAAUCACCAUCGACACGGCGGAGAACACCGCCGGGCAAACCAAAAUCAAAAUCCACCGCUUCGUAAUGUCGGAGAAGAAUCCCGGAAACAGGAACUUGUACAUCCAGUGCGAGGACUUGUAUGUCGACGCGUUGGCCGCACUCGACAUCGCGCCGGAGGAUCUGCAGCAGCGCCGGUACGUGGAUCUGAAGAUGAAGAUGGGGCUCGCCCGCAGCGGCGUUGACCGGUGCGAGGCGGUGUUCAUGCAGGCAUCGCCGUUCAGAAAGGAGAACGACUUUGUUGGCAUUCUGGCUGAUGCCGUUGCAAUUAUGGCUACAACUCUUUCUCACUGA